UAAACAGCAGCACAAACACCUGCGCACACAACCAAAUAUAAGGAGACAGAAUCAUCACAUGCAAGGUCUUAUUCCUUUGUAAAUACUGUUAUUUGUAUAUACUGUAAAUGAUGACGUCCAUGGGCGGGAACAAAGCCCGGGGCAGCUGGGAGCAGACACAGGGCCAGACACAGAGCCAGACACAGCACAAGCAAAGGCCUCAGGCUACUGCAGAGCAGAUCCGACUUGCGCAGAUGAUUUCAGACCACAAUGAUGCAGACUUUGAAGAGAAGGUCAAACAGCUGAUUGACAUCACAGGCAAGGACCAGGAUGAGUCCAUGAUCGCAUUGCACGACUGCAACGGGGAUGUCAACAGAGCCAUUAACGUGUUGCUGGAGGGCAGCCCAGACACUGACUCUUGGGAAAUGGUGGGGAAGAAGAAAGGGGUGUCAGGCCAGAAGGAGACGAGCCAGGCAGACACUGGAGAAGAAGGAAAAGAGAACAGGGAGAAAGGUGGAGAGAAAGAUGUCGCACGUCGUCGAGGUGGAGCUCCACGCAAGGGCCGCGGAGCCAGCAGGGGACGAGAGUUUCGAGGUCAAGAGAACGGCCUGGAUGGAGGGAAGACUGGAGUAGCCGGACGAGGUGCGGAGCGAGGUGCAGAGCGAGGCCGGAGGGGAAGAGGCAGAGGAAGAGGGACGGUUGCAGGAGUAUCUGGACGGCGAGGAGGCAGAUUUUCAGCGCAGGGCAUGGGCCAGAUUGAUAAGGGGCCCAGAUUUGAUAUUGCAGGCGGUGAGAGAACCUUCAACCCUGCUGACUAUGCGGAGCCAGCCCAGACAGAAGAGAACUAUGGAGGGGGCAGCACCUGGAACAACACAGGAAGCGUGGAAGUGGAGGAGGGAGCGAGGUUGGAAUACGCAGCAGGAGACGGAACAAAUUACCCACCGAAGUUUGACUCUGCUCCUGGUGCCUGGAGGACUGCCACAGAGGAGUGGGGCACUGAGGACUGGAAUGAGGAUCUUUCAGAAACCAAGAUAUUCACAGCUUCCAGUGUUGCCUCCAUGCCUAUGCCUCAAGAGAAUGUUACCAUUACCAAAGGACAAAGGAUUGACCUCGCGGUGCUCCUGGGGAAGACUCCCCCGUCCUCCUCCUCAGAGACAGAAAAUCCCCCGAUGGAGGCCACCCAGCCACCAUCCUUGUCCCAGUCACUGGUUUUCAGCAACUCCAAGCAAGGGGUGCCCCUCUCCCAAACCUCUUCCAGCACCCCGUACCCCCAGCACAGCAUGGUCAGCAUGCUGAACAAGGGUUUCGGGGAUGUGGGGGACCCCAAAGGCGCGAGCACGGGGACCACUGGCUCCCAGUUCCUGGAACAGUAUAAAACAGCCCAGGCUCUGGCCCAGCUGGCGGCCCAGCACUCUCAGACCGGACCUCCCAACACAGCGCCUUCAUCCUGGGACACCAGUGCUGCCUCACUGGGACAAUAUGAUAUGAAGAGUCAGCCGGAGUCUUCAGUUCAUUCACCCUUUACAAAGCGGCAGCCCUACCAAGCCGCCACCUCAUCCUCGUCCAUGUUGGAUGUUUUCCUGCAGGACAAAGGCCUGCCUCCUUCCUCCCCUGUCUCCUCGUCUUCUUCCUUACCCCAACAAACAACAUCCUCGCCCCAUGCAGUGCCUCCGCCUGCUUCCGCUCUCCCUAAAAUGGCAGCAGUUCCUUCUCUAGGUCAACAAGUGUCCCCUAGUUCUUCAGAUGCCCAGAGUCCUCUUCCUCUGCAGCAACACAAACUAAAACAGCAGAAGAAAAGGACUUCUAUCUCAACAAAGAUUCCGGCGAUGGCGGUGGAGAUGCCUGGCUCGACGGACAUCUCAGGCCUCAAUCUGCAGUUUGGAGCGCUGCAGUUUGGGUCCGAGCCAGUUCUACAAGAGUACGAGUCCGCCCCCACAUCCGCAAUCCCAGCCAACCAGGUUCAGAACAGCCUCUACACGAGUCCAAGCAGUGAAUCAGCUGCAGCUCUCUCCAACUCCAGCCAGAUGGACCUGUACGAUCAGAGAGCUGCUCAGACACGGCGCUACCCUCCCUCCGUCUCCUCCUCCCCUCAGAAGGACCUGCAGCCAAAGAAUGGCUAUAGUUCAAUACAAGCAACACAAGCCGCGGAAGCUGCAGCAGGCUCUGCAGUCAAAGCGGCCUCUGAUUCGGCCUCGCAGGCGUGCGUCUCCAACAUGGGCACUUUGACUGACAGCAGCUCAGGCCCCGCCUCCAUGCUGACUGCAUCCAAUCAGACAUCCCUUAGCGCUCUGGGGCACAGUGAAGACAUGCCUCCCAGCACCAUCCCCCCUCCUCAGCACAACAACUCGCACCCAUCACAACAGAACAGCCUAGUUUCAUCUUCAGUCCGGACAUCCAACUCGAGCUUACUGCAUCCCGGCGUAGAUGGCGACUCCAGCCUGCACUCUUCCUCCUUCCCCUCCUCUGUCUCAGCUGUGCAGUCUUCAUCAGUCCCCUCCUCUUCUUCCUCCGUGGCUGCUGCAGCACAGGUGUCGCUAGGCGGCCCUCAGGCCCCCUUAGUGGGCUCCGCAACGGUCUCAGCUCCCUCAGGCCUCGGCCCUGUCAGCAGUUUGGCCAUGGGACUCAACGCCGCCUCAAUGGGUGCUCCAGCUGCAGCCGCCGCCACAAUUUCACUCUCCACGGCAGCCUCAGCCAUUCCUUCUUCAGCUUCCUCGUCCGCACGAGGCUCCGCAGCAUCCUCAGGGAAAGCACCUCCAAACCUGCCACCUGGAGUGCCCCCUCUACUGCCCAACCCAUACAUCAUGGCCCCAGGACUACUGCACGCCUACCCUCCUCAGGUGUACGGCUAUGAUGACCUACAAAUGCUGCAGACAAGAAUACCGCUGGAUUAUUACAGCAUCCCCUUUGCAACUCCCACCACAGCACUGACUGGCAGAGAGGGCGGCCUGACGAGCAACCCUUACUCUGGCGACUUAUCGAAGUUUGGUCGAGGUGACGCCUCGUCCCCAGCUCCAGCCACCACAUUGGCUCAGACGCAGCAGAACCAGACGCAGACGCAUCACACCACACAGCAGCCCUUCCUUAACCCUGCAUUACCGCCCGGCUACAGCUACACAAGCCUCCCUUACUACACUGGCAUGCCGGGCCUGCCCAAUACCUUCCAGUACGGACCUGCUGUGUUUCCGGUGGCUCCUACCUCGUCAAAACAGCACGGAGUGAAUGUCGGCGUGAAUGCAUCAGCCACACCCUUCCAGCAGGCGAGUGGCUACGGAUCCCAUGGAUAUAGCACUGGCUAUGAGGAUGUGGGCCAGGCUUCAGGGAGUGGGGAUUUCUGUAAAGGCGGAUACGGCACUGCCGUGAACGCCGCCGCUUCUGCGCAAAACAAGCCAGCCAGCUCUGUCACCGGGCCUGGAGUCGGAGUCUCUGUAACGUCAAGCAACACAGGGGUACCAGAUAUUUCAGGGUCUGUUUACACAAAGACACAGUCGUUUGAGAAGCAGGGUUUCCAUGCUGGCACACCGGCAGCUUCGUUCAGCCUGCCCUCAGCUCUGGGGAGCGGGGGGCCCAUCAACCCUCCUGCUGCAGCUGGCUACGCCCCGGCCCCCUUCAUGCACAUCCUUGCACCACACCAACAGCCCCACUCUCAGAUUCUUCACCACCACCUGCAGCAGGACGGACAGAGCGGCACUGGACAGCGCAGCCAGAACGCCUCCAUCCAGCAGAAGUCUCAGAUCAACAAGUCGGCAUACAACAGCUACAACUGGGGGGCGAACUAACAUCAGCUGUUGGGGCCCCAUGCACCCACAUCACACCAUCUACAGAAGCAAAGAAGGGGGCUCAUCACUCCUUCUGCAAAUAUAAACUCCCUCCUCCUGCAGAGAUCCCCCCCCACCCCCCCUCCCUAAGUCUCUUAGUCCAGCACUCCUCCUCGAAGCUCUGCCUGCAGUCAGAGGAGGUGCUGUGCUGAGAGAACCAGCACUGUAAUGUUGCAUGGAUGGGGGGAGGGAGGGAGGGAGGGAGGGGGGCAGGGAGGGGCGGGCUAUGAAGAGAGGGGAGACAGGAGCUUAAUGGUUAUAGAAAAACACUGUCAAGGGGUGACAUAUUUGAGUGUUGGGAAUUUGUAUCGUGUUAACAACCCCGCCCCACCCUCUUUUUUCUUUCACUUGUAUGUAACAUAGAACUGUUUUCUAAAAGAAUGAACGUUUCUUGUAUGGUCUCCUUUUUUCUUUUUCUUUUUUUUUUUUGUAUUUGCCCCGUUUUUCUUGCUGAUGGGGAGGAAUGAAGUUCAAUCUGAAGGUGGGGGGACAGGCUGGUUUUGUAUUUCUCACCCUCAGCUCCCCAUUCCUUAGUUUUGGAGAAAACUCUUCCCUCCCACAUGAGACACCCAAACAAUAAUUUGCUUAAUUGCAGUUUUGUUUUCUUUUUAUUAUUUGUCAUUUUAAGUUUGAAGAAACAAUUCUCUAAAUCGGUAGAGUUGUGAAGUUUAUUUUUUACCAAAUAUAGAUAUAUAUAAAGACAUAUAAGCGAGCUCACUGGCUUGGACUGUGAGGAAAGUGUGUUUGUCAUGUGACUGCGUGCAUGUUUGUAUACACGGGGGCCGCGGGUUGUGUACUGUGCUUUGUUUUCUUCCUAGCACAGGGUUUUUCAUUAACCGACAUAUGUACAGUAACUGUUCCCAUGAAUUAUAAAUAUGCCGCAUAAAGGUCCCACCUAUUCUGCAAGAGAUGUUGAGAAUGAUUUCAUAGGCCAAUACACACCCAGUCUGCCUUCCAGUGUGUUUUAUUUUUCUUUCUUUCUGAGGCCCCCCACCUGCUCCCCCGCUCCACCACCUGUCCCCCAUUGUAAGGAAACCUGCAACAUUGAAUACUGAUGGACAGAAUUGUACUUUGGGUUUUUUUGUCAGUGAUUUAUUUUUCUUUUUGUACUGUGCGUUUUAAAAAAUUUAAAUGGAUAAACUUGUCUUGUACAUAUAUGAAAAAACACAAGUACUGUAGUUCCUGUUUGUUCGAUGGCUUUCUCCUUUUCCUUCUCGAAUCCUUGCAGACUUGUUAGCUUUUUGUUUCAUAUAUUUUUUUUAUUUUGUAAAAAUAUAUAAAUAUUAAGUAAAUAAACAAGAAAAAGGCAUUUUUCAUCAUUUUGGAUGUGAAUGUCUUUUAAGAAACUAUA